AUGCGUUGCUGCAGCACGGCGCUUCGCACGGGUCGGAGGGGCCCUGGUGGGUGGACGGAGCCGCGACUUCAACAAGCCACCAGUACCGAUUUUAUGCGUGACUCCACCGGCACUGGUGGUGACAAUAAUAAUAAUAAUAAUAAUGAUGGCGGAAAGGGGCCGUCCUCGGCUCUCAAGCGGCAUUUUAACGUCAACGAUUUCUCUAUGAUUGAGCGGCAACAAAUGACACUCACGAAACUGAUGCGCAUCACGAUGGAUGCAACUUUUAAACCGAAAGAUCCCGACAGCAGGACAUAUGGCGGAGACGGUGCCACGCAGAGAGCGGCACUUCGGGAAGAGCUCAAAACAAUGGACAGUCGAAUUGUCCCCUUCGCUCACGAGGAAAUAUUAAACGACUACCUUAAAAACAUAGUGGAGCUCUCCGGUCCCUCGGGUCAGCGAUAUGAUAGAGAAAUGUUGCGAGGCAGACUCGUUGGCCUCCUUUUCUUCACCGAAACGGAUCGAUCACUGGCAUUCAUGAGGUUGUUGCGGGAGUUCCAUCAGCGGCACAGACGUGACUUUGUAGUUGUCGCCAUAUCUCUCGGUGGAAAGGAGAUGAUGGAUAUCACUCGACAACAUGGUUUCUACCACUGCAGCCAUCGUGACGGGGCCACAUGGGUUCAGCGUGAUACAGGUUUAAUGGUGCGCCCAUGGACACCACUUCCAAGGCUUAUUGUCGUCAAUGGUACAAGUGGUGAGGAAAUCACUUCUAGCGGUGUUACAGCUGUAAAGGCGCAUCCAAACACAUGUUUUGAAAAGUGGAAAAAUGGGGAGGAGGGAUGUGAUUGGUGGGAUUACAUCAAAACGUUCUAUAUGUGA